AUGGCCGACACGAAGGCCGCCAACGGCGACAGCAAGGAGGAGGCGCUCACCGCCUUCGUCUCCUUUCCCUCGCCGUACACGCAGACCCUCCUCCUGCGCGCUCUGACGGCCACCCUCCCCUCGCUGUCGAUGUCUCUGCUCCCUCCUGACCCCGACCAUCCCCCCCGCCUGCAAUGGGCCGACUACGACCUGAUGACCUUCGACAUCCCGCACCGGGACCCCUCCUACCUGAUCUCAAGCUACAUCUACCGCAAAGCCCUGAUCCGGAAGCACCAGCUCCACACAACGAUAACAGAGUACCUCGCCAAAGCACAGCAUCGCGGGAUCGAGUCCUCCCUCCGCACGGGAAUUCCGAAGGGGUGGACGAUCGACGUGCAGUUUGCCGACGAACUCGACGAACUCCUCAUGGACGACCUGUACGAGCUCGCGGACACGAUGCAGGAGAACGAACGCAAGGACGAGGGCGACAGGCAGUGGUUCAUCCUCAAGCCUGGGUUCGCGGACCGCGCGCAGGGUAUCCGUCUCUUCUCGACUGAGGACGAGAUGCGCGCGAUCUUUGAGGAGUUUGAGCCGCCAAGUGAUGACGAGGAGGAGGAGGGGGACGAGUCCGAUGCCGGCUCUGGUGAUGGACGGGGCGAGGGGCUUGAGGAGCGGACAGAGAAGUUGCGCCUCGGCGACGACAGCGACGAAGAGGGCGGCACGGCCGUGAUGACCUCGCACCUGCGCCACUUUGUGAUCCAGGAACUCCUCCCGGACCCCGUACUUUUCGACCUGAAGCAGACAGGCGAGGGACACAAGUUCCACCUCCGCGCCUACGUCCUCGUCACGGGCAGCUGGACCGUGCACCUGUCGCGGACGAUGCUGGCCCUCUUCGCGGGUGCGGUGUUCACCUCCCCCUCGAGCGGGGGUGAGAUCGACCUCCAGCCCCACCUGACGAAUACGUGUCUGCAGACGGACGCCUUCGGCGCCCCCGUGCCCGAGGACGACCUCGUGCGUCUCUUCUGGUACCUAGAGGGCGAGGACGCACUCGCAUACACAAAGGGCAGCUACGCCUCGCGCGGCCGCGUGACUCGCCCGUGGCUCGACAGUGUCUUCGCGCAAGUCGGUGACGUGUGCGCCGAGGCCGUGCGGGCCGGCGCCGAGUGUGGCUCCUUCGGCCUUCAGCUCAUGCCGAACGCGUUUGAGAUCUUUGGCGUGGACCUCGUUCUCACCUUCCCCCCCGACGCGGCUGUUGGGGGCGAUCUGCCCAUUCCCCGCGUCUCGCUCCUCGAGUUCAACGCGUCGCCCGACUUUGUCCAGAGCGGAGACGCGCUCCGGCCCCGCCUGCUCGAGCUGUUCAAGGGUGUCGUGCAUAUCUCCGUCGCGCCAUUCUUCGGUCUGCAAACGAUCGAUACCGAAGAGGAGGACAAGAAGCCCGAAGACUGGGAGAUCGGGGAGGAGCACUUUGAGUGGAGACUCGUGGGCAAGGGUCAGGUGCGAGGGCAGUGGGCUUAA